CGGCCGUGCCGGCGCCGGGCGGGAGGAUGCGGCGGUUCGCGCGGGUGGCGCUGCUGUGCCUGGGCUGCGGCGUCUGCUCGCUGCUCUACGGCCUCAGCCAGCUCGCCCUGUCCCUGGAGCAGGAGCCUGGCGGCAGCGGCGGCCGGGAGAGACAGGCCCGAGAYCCCGCCACGCCCGGCGCCCGGUGGCAGGCGGGGAGCGCGGGCCGAGGCGAGGCGGGGACCGGCAGGUGUAAGAAUUUGUCUGUAUCUUUCUGGAAUUCCUAUUGGAUGCUGCCCUCUGAUGUUUGUGGAAUGAACUGCUUUUGGGAAGCUGCUUUUAGAUAUGAUUAUAUGAAAACACAUCCUUCUGAGAAAAUGCAUCUAGCAGUGGUGGCCUGUGGUGAAAGACUGGAGGAGACUGUUACUAUGUUGAGAUCAGCCAUUAUUUUCAGCAUCAAACCUCUCCAUUUUCAUAUUUUUGCUGAGGACCAAUUGCAUGAGAGUUUCAAAGACAUACUUGAUGAAUUCCCCUAUGAAGGAAAAGUUAAUUACACGUUAUAUCCAAUAACAUUUCCAUCUGAGAGUGCAGCAGAAUGGAAGAAAUUGUUUAAGCCAUGUGCUUCWCAAAGGCUAUUUUUACCAUUAAUACUCAAAAAUGUGGAUUCACUACUGUAUGUUGAUACUGACAUCCUGUUUUUGAGGCCUAUUGAUGAUAUUUGGUCUUUUCUGGGAAAGUUUAACUCCACACAAAUUGCUGCAAUGGCACCAGAACAUGAGGAGCCUCGUAUUGGGUGGUAUAAUCGUUUUGCUAGACAUCCCUAUUAUGGWGUAACUGGAAUUAAUUCUGGAGUCAUGCUAAUGAAUAUGACACGUAUCAGAAGAAAAUAUUUCAAGAACGAUAUGACACCAGUGCGGUUACAAUGGGGAGAAAUUCUUAUGCCACUACUGAAGAAAUACAAGUUGAACAUAACUUGGGGUGAUCAGGAUCUAUUGAACAUUAUGUUUUUUCACAAUCCAGAAAGUCUUUAUGUCUUUCCUUGCCAAUGGAAUUACCGGCCUGACCACUGCAUCUAUGGAAGCAAUUGUAAGGCAGCUGAAGAAGAAGGUAUAUUUAUUCUUCAUGGAAAUAGAGGUGUUUACCAUGAUGAUAAACAACCAACUUUUAGGGCAGUCUAUGAAGCGAUAAAAAAUUAUUCUUUUGGAGAUGACCUGGUUCAUUCACUGUUGCAGCCCCUAGAACUGGAAUUACAGAAAACCACGCACACAUAUUGUGGAAGAGUAUACAAAGUAUUCAUAAAGCAGCUAACAAAAAGCAUAAGAGACUUGUAUGCCAGAAGAUCAAAGGGAAGGUGAUAUUUGACUCCUCACAGYUACACCGAGAGACUGAAUUAACAAAACUAGUCAAAAGGUGCAAGAAUUCUAUUACAGCUUGAAUGGGCUCUUAAUAUGCCCAGAAAAAAGUUUACUAGCAUACAUAAAAAUGAAGAAAAUACUCAUGUAAUGAAGAACAGGAACUUAUUUCUGCAAAGGUGUCUUUUUGGUCUUUUGAAGUUYAAUCACUGCUAAUGUUUAUCUCAUAUCUGAUGAUUUGGGUGUUACUGGCUUCACGGUCAGUACUUUUAGUCUGCAUAAUUCAGUUACCUAAUGAUAAAUGAACAAGGAAGAAAUGAAGAUGGCUCUGUUUGGGAGUGUACCUCAUAUAUUGUCUAAAAUUCUGUUAAACUGUGAAUGUAGCAAUAACUGAGUCAGCAGCACUAACCUCACUUUAAAGGUGUGAGCCUUUAUGUAAACAAAGUUGUUUACAAGUGCAGAAAACACUCUUUUCAAAGAAAUGUGUUGUAAUCAUUGACAAUCUGUAUGUGCCUUUAUAUGUUCAUCUCUUACAUGUUGAAGUACUGUUUUGACAAUCUUGUUUCUUUUAUCUCAGAUGUAAACUGCACACUAUAGAUACAAUUUUCUGAGAAAUUAAUAACUAGUAUGUGAUACUAGUUUUCUGUUAGUAAAUACAGAGACUUUAUAUUAAAAAUAAUUUGUUUCAACAUUGUAGGGCCAUUAGCACCAAAAGGUAGAGGAGAAUUGAGGGGGUUUUACGUAAAAAUCCAGUUUGAAGUUGCUGGUCUUAAAAUGCUUAAAAAUUUAAUGGUUUUGCAGCUUUAUAGGGCAUUUUGGAAGUAGAAGAAAAGCCCUACAGUGGAAAGCUGUUGCUGUUGUAUUUCUGUAAUAGGAAUUAUUACUUGAUUAUUGUUAUAGAGUAUGUAGUACCUAAAAGUGAAGAGCUGUAGUAAGAGUUCUGAUGUUUCAUCAGACUGUGUAGUAGAUGGGUUUCUUAGAGCGUAUAUCCUGUUAUGAUAUUUUUUAAUAAAUGGCUUUAAAAUAGUUUUGGGGCAGACCCUCAACUACAUUAUUGUGGAUAGGGUGAUAGUGAUUUGCAACAGGUAAGGAUUAGGUUUUCUCCAGUUAUCAUAGUGAAAAAAGAAAAUCUUCUGUUUAAGKAAUACAAACUUAAAGAGAAAAACAUGAAGAAAAGGACUGAAUUCUAGUGUUGCAGUAAAAUAUUUAAACUUGCAUGGUAUGAAAUGUAUUUGUAAAGUAUAUUUGAACUUAGAAAACCUAUCUAAGUGAGAUGAAGUCUUCAUAAAGUGAGCUUUUGGAUUCCAGGAAAGUUCCUGUGUGUUGAACAUGGAGGAUCCACUCACUGAUUUGCACCUUCAUCCCAACCCCAUUUUAGAAGCUUAAUUUCUGUGACUGUUUCCUUGUCAAAGAUAGACUGGCUCUGACUUCCAGAUCCGUGUGAGCUGGACAAAUGCUUUAGCAGUACAAAAACACACUCCACUGUAAGCAGAGUUUGUAUCCUCUUCUAAUUUCCCUGCAGGCUCAGGGUGUAAAUUUUUGGAAUGGAACUCUAGGAAGCAGACUGCCUCCUUGUGUAGGUAUCUUUUCCUUGCUGUGUAACCUUUUGAAGCCUGAAAAUGUAGAAAUCUGUGUGAAGGCGAAUACUGUAACUGACUGAUUUUGCAAUAUGCAGUGCAUUAUUUUUUUACAUAAAUACUGAUUUUUAUAUCAA